UUGACUGCGACCGCAGGAGGACAGUACGGUCGGCAGUCGCACGCUACCUCAACACCUCUCGGGAUUGGUCGACUCUUCUCCCGUAAGCCCCGCCUACCAGGUGGUCGUUCGAAAGUGUAGUUGUGUAGUUCCUUACGGCAAAACGUCGGGCGCUGUGCUCUCACCAAUCGCGAGAAAAAUCUGAAAUGAAACGUGUCGGCGCGCUAAUAUGUGACGGUUGAGAAGAACCGAGGACCAGGAACGUGUGAGAGGGUGGUUUACGCGCGGGUGCUACCACUUUCGGAGCGUGACGAGAAGAACGAACCGCGUAAAGAAGUGACAAAGGUGGAGGAGAGCGUGAAUUCAAAAGAAAAGGAAAAAUCUACGUCGAAGGAAAACCCGAAGAGACGCGUGUGUGCUAGAGCUAUACGGGGCCAGUGCGAGAGAAUCCUCUGUUUCGGGGGGGGGUUCUAUGUCUCUUUUUCUCUCUUCUCUGUCUCUCUCUACCUUCUUUUUUUCUCUCUUCCCUCUUCUGUAUCUCUCUACGUCUUUUUACACGUUUUGUUACACGGGUGGAAGAAAUACCGCCGCGACAAGUGUUAUCGCGUCGACGUAGCAUGAGCCGUUCCGUAUUGCAUCGUUAAAAAAAGUAAAAAGGUAACGGAAAGGAGGAAAGGAAAAAAAAGUGCUUCGUUUAACCAACAAGGACGUCGUCAGCUGUGUGCGCUUUUACGAGGGGGACGUGUGCGAGAGAGAACCCGCUGCUGAGAGACAGAGAAAUGGCGGCGCUGGUGGCAGGUGUCCAGUAUGGGUUGUCGUCGCAUAGUAAUUUUCACGAAAACAAGUCCCUGAUCUUCGUGAAGCUCACCGACUCGGCGCAGCGUGCCAUCGACGACUUCCUCAAGAAUCGGAACAAAACCAGCCAGAACCCUACUAUACAGUUCCUAGGAAACGAAGGGCAACUCUCAUUUCCAUCCACGCAAUCCAGCCAUGGAACGGCGGGCUUCACGUUCAGCCUUUCCGGCAACCAGGACAUCGAGGGUCCUCAGGGUAGCUUCGAGUGCGUCCAGCAGACCGGCCCCAAGAGUCUGGAGAGCCUUGGCGCAUUGCCGUGUAAAAUGCGGAUACAGGCGAACGACGACGUGUACGAGACAACCAGGCAUCGAAUGGCCGUCGCCGAAGAGAAUAACAAGAACAAAUGCACCAGGGUCAUCAAGGCGAAUGGGCCGGACAUCGGGCGCAAGGUGAAGGUGAAAGCGACCGGAAAGACCAUACCGUCUUUAUCGAACUCGAGGCAUAGGGAAUCGACGAGCAUUCCAUCAUUCGGCAGCCAGCCCAGACUGUCGUCUUCCUCCUACAAACCAGCCGCUAGUAAUAAUCCACCGCCGGUACGGAAUCCGCCGGAGAAGAAGUGCUCCGACGUCAUGCGCAGGCCAUUGAGGGAGAGGCUUAUCCACCUCCUUGCUUUGAGGCCGUACAAGAAACCUGAGCUGUAUGACCGCAUAAACAGAGAGGGUAUAAAGGAACGAGAGCGCAGCAUCAUGACGACUAUUCUAAAGCAGGUGGCGUUCAUGAGGGACAACACGUACCAUCUGCAGAGGUUUGUGUGGAACGAUGUCCAAGAAGACUGGCUUUACUACACCGAGCAGGAGAAGGCUAUGUUAAAGAGGAGGAAACCUCAGAAUCUUACUCCUCCUGGCUCCAGUGACGGUGGAUCCAGCGGUAGCGGACAAUCGCCGAAUUCCACUCAUCCAGGUUCCCCGCCGGCGAUCACGGCUCCGCCUCCGCCACUGGGCGCGAAACGGCCCGGCUACUAUCAGGGUAACGACGGUCUGCCGACGAAGAAGCAACGGGUGUCACGCUGCAAGAAACCCGAGCCGAGCACCGGCUCGGCGACCGCCGUGGAGAACAGAAGGACGGCUAGUAGUGGUGGCAGUAAUAAUAGUAACAGUGUCAGUGGAGUCCCCGGCGGUGGAGCCGGUGGUGGUAGUAGUGCUAGUGGCAGUGGUGGUGGCAGCGGUGUUGACAUUUGGGACCAGAGGCAGCGUCUGCAUGAUCGUCGCGGCGAUUACCGGCCGGAAAGAACAGCGAACAGUGAUGUGCUACGUGGUGGCAGCUAUCCAGCCAGUAAACCGUUCUUGACGCCGACCAGUGACAGUGAGGAGAACAACCGGACCAGUCAUCGGGACAACGUGGUCGUCGCGAGCGCCGGGUCCACGUCGCACGGGUUCAACGCCGGCAGCAACUCAGCCACCAGCCAUAAUUCUCAUAGUAGUGUAGCCCAUAGUAAUUCGUUGAGCGGCAGCAGCCGUCACUACCAUGCCGCCGGGAAGACGGCGGUGGCGGCGGCGGCGGCCGGUGCUGUUGGCAACGGGGUGGCGACGGUGGAUUACGUGCCGCGUUCAAGUGCCGUGAAUGACGGUGGUAGUGCAGCUAGUAGUUACAGUGGUAGUUCGAACGGCACAGACAGGAGAGACAGGAGCGACAGGGGCGAAUGGAACGACAGGAGGGAGAGGAACGAGAGGCACGACAGGGGACGAGGCGGCGACAAGGACCGGGACUCCAAGAAGAGAAACACCGGCAACGCUACCAACUCAUCCUACAACGACCUGGCUAGUCUUGAUUACGCUGCCAACGAGGACACCACUGUCACCACCUCCACCUGCAAUCUCGACCUGCCGGAGAGCCCCAAACCAUUGGAGUACCCGGACUACCUCACAUCCUACACGACAAUAAGCAGCGAGGAACAGAGAAGACGUUACAAGGACGAGUUCACUGCUGAUUACGAGGAAUAUCGAAAGUUGCACACACAAGUAGCAAAGGUGUCGGAACGAUUCACGCAACUUGAGGAACGGUUGAAGCAAGAACAAAGAAAUGGCAACAUGUACGAAUAUCAGGAAAUAAAACAGCAAAUUUUAAGCGAUUAUAACGAGACGAAACGGGACCCUAUACACAGGGAGAUGAAACGUCGGUUCCAUUAUCUGCACGAGAAGCUGAGCCACAUCAAGCGGUUGGUCCUCGAGUACGAUACGCUGCACUACGGCUACAGCAUGGAGUUUGGGUACACCGCGAACGCCGAUGGUAGCAAUGAAAUCAAGGAGAUCGACAGUUUGCACUACUGACACAAACUGAAAAGGCCACCUCUUAUCCUCUACCUUAUCUCGGUUGUCGAUACGCUGCUGUCUCCGUUGUCGCAGAAUUUGCAUUUUCUCGGCAUGUUCCAAGGCUGAUCUAAGCAGUCCACGUGGUUCCUGGAUUCUAUCGCCGAAAGAAAAAAAAAACAAACAAAAGCAUAUAACUAAAUCAGUCGAGUACUCUGAGCCGGAGUUACGAGAUG